UAAAUUUGGAACGGACAUGCGCCAAGACGAGCGUAUGCAGCAGUUGUUUGAAUCCAUAAAUCAAAGUUUAAGUAAUGAUUCAAGGUGCAUUGAAAGACAUUUGUUUGCCUUUACAUACAACAUCAUUCCAAUAAACACAUAUUUAGGCUUGGUGCAAUGGGUAAAAGAAGCAAAAUCGCUCCGAGAUUUCGUUGAGUUUACCAUGACCGAUAAAACGAUUCUGAAUGAAAUUUCUAUAAAAUAUCAAGAAUGGAUAAUGCAAGCUAACGACGAGAAUUCAAAUGUUAAAAGUAAAUGCUACAAGCAAGCUUUGCUCAAGUAUUCCCCGGAUGAAGUUGAAGCUAAAAUAAAAGAAUUAACUGGGCUUCUUGACUGGGAUCUUUUACGCAAAACGUUUGUAAAAAUUACGUCUUCCAUUGAGUCUUUCUUCAAGUUACGCCAAAAUUUUAUAUUAUCUUAUGCUGUGAUGUGUACAGUCGAUUGGAUUGCUGGUAUCGGCGAUCGUCGGCUAGACAAUAUCCUUAUAGAAGUAUCAACAGGAAAAUGUUUUGGUAUCGACCACAAAAUGGUUUUUGGUACUGGUAUAGAUCAGCCCGUUCCUGAGUUGGUUCCGUUUAGACUUACCUCGCAGAUAAUGGGUCUGCUCAGACCCUUCACACCAAAAGACUUAUUUGGAGCCAGUAUGAGUCAUGUGCUUGCGGCUUUGAGAAACGAAAAAAAUCUGAUUCUCAUUUACUUAAAUAUGCUCUUACUUGAAGAUUUAAAGUGGGAUCAUUUGGUAGAAGAGCGUUGGUUACAAGAUUGUAACCAUUAUGAUGGCGAAUGGUUACCAAAAUUCAAACUUGAAAUAGCACAAAAAAAAUUAAACGGAGAAAAGCCUUCUCUCAUUAUGAUCAAUGAACUGUCGAGCAAUCAUAAUAACCAUGAAAAUCAGUACUUUUCGAUAAAUAAGUGUAUUUUGAGAGGAAAUGAAUUCAAACACGACAAUAUAAGAGCACACAUAAAAGACUGUAAUCUCACGCCGGAAGAACAGAUGCUGUGUUUGGUCGACCAAGCAACGGAUGUUAAUAUUUUAGGUCGCAUUUGUGUUGAAUGGUACCCAUUUGUAUAGAUUACCCAAGAUUUGAAUGAUACCAUCUAAUUAUUUAGAAGAUUUUUUCUACUCAAAAGAGCUUUAA